AUGCCACAUCAACCGGUCAUGUUUCGGUGGACAAUAUUCUUUUUCAUCCAACUGGUGUCAGUUUGCGCUACUGAAGAGUACGUCCCAUGGGAAACCGUUAAAACACUUCCUACAGGCGCGGUAGAAGACGGUGAAAAUUAUCAAGCAGUCUAUCUGUUUACAUAUCCGGUAAAAUUUAAGUGUGAUAUUCCUAGUCUGGUUAAUGUGUCGAUCGAGUACUUGCAGGAACCACCGCAAGGGAAUAGCGAUCUAUGUCGAGCUACACCAUUACGUAAUAUGAUACAUGAAGAAUUGAGAUGCAGAAGAAGACAGGAGUUUUUGCAUGAAGAAGACUGGAUUGAGCAGACAUUAGAGGAUUUUAUAAACGAAACUACUGACGACCAUGAACGGAAAUUUGUCAGUUGUAGGGCGGCCGAAUGUGUGAAAAUUCUGGUGGGAAAUAAGCGGCUGAAGCUUCCUGCUAUAAGUAAGUAUACAAGCAGUUUCAUACCUAAUUAA